AUGUCUGGAACAGAGUCCCACGCCGACAGAGAGGAGGACUACAGGUUCCUCCACAGCAUGCUGAUGGAGAAGAAGCUUCACAUGCUGUUCAAGAUCCACGAGCGGCUGAAGCAUUUUGAGAACCGAAGCCCCGCCCCGGUCCAGGAGGAAGCAUCCAGUCUGGCCUUAGAUUUGGCAGAGGAGCUGAUAUACCAGGGCUGGAGAGAUGAAGUCAAAGAGCUGUUUGCCCUCCUUUCCAAACCCCACUUUAAGAGUCUCCUGUGUGUCCAUGACGCUGUAGCUCAGAGAGACUUUGAACCUACUCUGCCACCAAUACCCGAUGAUGUGCUGGACGACGAGGAGGAUUCAGUGAAAAUUGUCAGUUUGGUGAAAACCAAAGAGCCUCUGGGGGCAACAAUUAAGAGGGAUGAAUCCACCGGGGCAAUUGUUGUGGCAAGAAUCAUGAAAGGAGGUGCAGCUGAUAAAAGCGGCCUGAUCCAUGAAGGAGACGAACUUAAAGAAGUGAAUGGAGUCUCACUGGAGCACAGGAAGCCAAAAGAAAUCCUUCCUCUACUGGCUUGUUCCAAGAGUGAAGUUAAAUUCAAAAUCAUUCCUGCAUUAUGUGCAGAGGAAGAGCCAACAGAUAAGGAAAAGCUCUUUGUGCGAGCUCUGUUUGACUACGAUCCCAGCGAGGAUCCAACCAUCCCAUGCAAGGAUGCCGCCGUGGCCUUUAAAAGAGGCGACGUUCUUCAGAUUGUGAGCACCGAAGAUGACAUCUGGUGGCAGGCCUGUCUUGUCGAGGACAGCAACAGUCGGGCCGGGCUCAUCCCAUCGCAGCAGCUGCAUGAAAGAAGAGUUGCUCUACAGCGACCCGAAGCCCUGUUCAAGCCUCGAAAAGUCAAACCACCAGAUGAGCAGCCAGUCACGGAGGAUGUGGACUACAGGGCUAUAACAGGGAUCCACGUUGCUGGUUUAAGAAGAAGUUUCCGACUGGGCAGAAAGACCAGCUGGGCUAAAGAAGCAGCUCGGUUCAGGAGGUGGAGCGCUGGAGUGCAUGGCUCCAUCUGUCCACCUACCUACAUUGAGGUGAUGAGGUACCACAGAGAACCGAAGGACAGACACCGUCUGGUCGUCCUGGUUGGGCCCAGCGGCGUUGGCGUUAAUGAACUGAAGAGGAGGCUGCUGAUCUCCGACCCCGACCGCUAUGGCGUCACUGUGCCGUACACCACCCGUGAGAAGAGGAGGCAGGAAAGCGAAGGGGUGGACUAUCAUUUCGUGUCAGUUCACAUGUUUGAAGAGCUCAUUCUGGAUCACAGGUUUAUAGAGUAUGGGAGUCAUGGAGGCCACUAUUAUGGCACAAGUCUAGACUCUGUGCACAGAGUGAUGGCUGAGGGCAAAGUGUGCCUGCUGGAGGUGCACCCAAGUAAAAUAAAGCGAGUGUACACAUCUGAAUUCAAACCAUACGUGGUGUUUGUGAAAACCCCGUGCAUCGAGGAGCUGCGCAUCACCAGGCGGAGAGUUAAAUUCGUCUGCGAUGACGAAGACGCUAACCCAGUCAGGAUCUUCUCAGAGGAGGACUUUGAGGACAUGAUUGACAUGGCUGAAUCGAUGGAGACUCAGUACGGUCACCUGUUUGACCGGGUGGUUGUUAACGGAGAUAUCGCCACAGCAUUUCGAGCGCUGAGGGCCGACCUCGAGAGGAUCUACGAGGCAGAAGUCCAGUGGGUUCCUGUAGACUGGACUUGCUCCUCGCCGGCAAAAGCACGGAGAAGUUGCAGUCAUUUGGCCGGCUGGAUUUGAGCUGUGAUCCCUUAUUUGGGACAAAAAGAAGAAAAUUAACAAAAAAGCAACAAAAACAUUAAUAGCACAUUAAUUGUUUGUGAUAUAUAACAUUAGAAUUAACACUUUGAGCACCGAAUUUCUUUUAUAUUUGAAAUAUUGCUCCAUUCGCAAACAAGGUCAGUAAUGACUAAAGUUUUCCACAGUGUUCCUUAGUGUGUAUCUAAUUAGGCAGAAUCCAUCUCUUACUCUC